UGAGGCGGGCGCGGGCGGGCGGCCGGCCAUGAUCGCGUCGUGCCUGUGUUACCUGCUGCUGCCGGCCGCGCGCCUCUUCCGCGCCCUCUCAGAUGCUUUUUUCACAUGUCGAAAAAAUGCCCUCCUGGCGAAGAGUGCAGCCCCCCAGGUAGAAGGCAACUUUGCAAUGGCCCCUCGGGGCCCUGACCAGGAGGAGUGUGAGGGCCUACUGCAGCAGUGGCGAGAAGAGGAGUCAAGCCAGGUGCCCUCCACUGUGAAUGAGGGGCCCCUUGUUGAUAAGGAACUAGCCCAGAGCAGCCUGGAACUCCUGAUGGAUAACCCUGGAGAACAGGAUGCUGUUUCAGAGGACAAAUGGUCCAGCAGGCAGCUGAGUGACCUUCGGGCAGCUGAGAACGUGGAGGAGCCUUUACCCGAGAUGCUAGAAGAGGAGCCGGUGCCCGAGGUGGAGGACUCGAUGUGGGCAGCAGUCCCCAUGCAGCCAGCUCCUGAGUAUGCAGACUGUGCUGUCCUCCCUAUGGUUUCCCUGACCACAGAGCAGUGGGAAGAGGAUCCUACAGGGGUAGCUUGGAACAUGGCAGCUGAACCUAUCCCACAGGAAGAGGCUCCCAUCUGGCCCUAUGAAGGCUUGGGGCAGUUACAGUCUACCCCCAUGGAAAUCCCAUAUCAUGAAAUCCUGUGGCGAGAAUGGGAGGAUUUCUCCACUCAGCCAGAUGCCCAGGGCCUGGAGUCAGGGGAUGGCCCUCAGUUCCAGUUCACACUUAUGUCUUAUAACAUCCUGGCUCAGGACCUGAUGCAUCAGAGCUCAGAGCUCUAUAUGCACUGUCACCCGGAUAUCCUCAAUUGGAACUAUCGCUUUGCAAACCUCAUGCAAGAAUUCCAGCACUGGGACCCUGAUAUCCUGUGUCUCCAGGAAGUCCAGGAAGAUCACUACUGGGAACAACUGGAACCCUCUCUGCGGAUGAUGGGCUUUACCUGUUUCUAUAAGAGGAGGACCGGGUGUAAAACAGAUGGCUGUGCUGUUUGCUACAAGCCUACAAGAUUCCGCCUGCUCUGCGCCAGUCCUGUCGAGUACUUCCGGCCUGGCUUGGAGCUCCUCAAUCGGGACAAUGUGGGCUUAGUGUUGCUCCUGCAGCCACUAGUCCCAGAAGUCCUGGGACAAGUCUCGGUGUCCCCGCUCUGUGUGGCAAAUACUCACGUCCUGUACAAUCCUCGCCGGGGUGAUGUCAAGUUGGCCCAGAUGGCCAUUCUUCUGGCUGAAGUUGACAAGGUGGCCAGAUUAUCAGAUGGCAGCCACUGCCCCAUCAUAUUGUGUGGGGAUCUGAACUCUGUUCCUGAUUCACCACUCUACAAUUUCAUCAGGGAUGGAGAACUCCAGUACCACGGGAUGCCAGCCUGGAAGGUAUCAGGACAGGAAGACUUCUCCCAUCAGCUUUACCAGAGGAAGCUACAGGCCCCACUCUGGCCCAGCUCCCUGGGCAUCACUGACUACUGUCAGUAUUUUUCCUCCUGUUACUCCAAGAGAUCAGAGAGACGAAUAUAUGGCCGCGACUUCCUGCUAAGAUUCCAAUUCUGCAGCGUUGCUUGUCAGCGACCUAUAGGACUGGUUCUUUUGGAAGGAGUGACAGACACUAAACCAGAGCGACCUGUUGGCUGGGCUGAGUCUAUCCUGGAGGAAGACUUGUCCAUACCUGAGCCCUUCUACCCUAGGACUGUGGGCACCAUCCAGCACUGUCUUCACCUGACCUCGGUCUAUACCCAUUUCCUGCCCCAGCAUGGCUGCCCCGAAGUCACCACAAUGCCACUAGGUCUUGGAACAACGGUGGAUUACAUCUUCUUCUCAGCCGAGUCUUGUGAGCCUGUGGACAGAAAUGACCACAGGCUGUAUCCGGAUGGGACACUCAAGCUCCUUGGCCGUCUCUCCCUCCUGUCUGAAGAGAUUCUCUGGGCUGCCAAUGGUUUACCCAACCCCUUCUGCUCCUCGGACCACCUCUGCCUGCUGGCCAGCUUUGGAAUGGAAAUCACCAGCCCGUGACUGCUCCCAGGGGAAGAGAGCGCAUCUGGAUCAGAGACUGUGGAGAUACCCUGUGCUUCUGGAAAUUUAGAUCCGAGAAACUUUUGCCCCUUCCUCCCCUGUUCCCUUUCCCCCUGGUUAGAUUUUUCUUUGGGCUUGUCCACAUUCUGUGCCUGUGGUCCCUGCCCCACCCCAACCUCUUCCUAAUCCUGUGCUGCCUAAUUCAGUGGCCCUGGAAGAGGCAAAGGGGGCGGUUCCCCCUUCCUUCCAUGUAUCCAGCACUCCCCCCUUGAUUUUUAAUUACCAGGGUUGUGGGAGCUAUUGA